UCCCCUCCCACUCAUUUUACCCCAUGGCAUUUUCAAAUCACAAUUGCCCAUCCACAUUUCGAGUUGCCCCAUUUCCAAUUUGGCCCCCAUUCUUCCCCUCACUCAUUUUCCCCCAUGCACAUUUUCCAAUUCACAAUUGACCCCCAUCCCUCUUCCACUUUCAAUUGGCCCCUUUUUUCCCCAUUCCCUCCAAGACAAUUUUCAAACCAAAGUUGCACUAUCAUCCUUUACCCGCAAUCGACCAUUGCGUUCCCCCAUAAAACUUAAUAAACCCUAAUAUAACUUAAUAUAACUUAAUAUAACUUAAUAAACAUAACAUAAGAAAA